AUGUGUGCAGAAAAAUGUGCUGCAAUGUUAUUUGCACGUAGACCCAUACCUGAACAAAUACCAAAGUUCUCCAUCGAAGAAACAGAAAACCCCUGGAAACAAGAGAUAAAAUAUCUGGGAGUAACAUUAGAUCAAAAACUCAAUUGGACAAAACAAAUAGAUGAGGUCUGCGGUAAAGCAAUGAAGAACUGUAACAUACUGAGAACAUUAUGUGGAACCUGGUGGGGUGCCCAACCUGGAGUACUGUUGGGGAUACAUAAAUCGCUGAUCCGACCACAGUUGGAUUUUGGGGCUCUAUUGUAUGGAACAGGCUCUGUGACCUCUCUGAGGAAGUUAGACAGGGUACAAUAUCAUGCACUAAGAAUAAGCUUGGGACUUAUGCGAUCUACACCAGUAAACAUUAUCCUUUCAGAAAGUGGAGAAAUGAAACUGGAAAAAAGAAGAAUAUUACUAUCGUCAAAAUAUAUACUAAAAAGAAUGAGAUGCAGAAAUGACCCAAUACUACAAAACAUUGAAGAAUUAACACUUUCCAAAGGUUUUUGGAACAAUAAUAGAAAACCACCCUUUGUAGAAGCGUAUGAAAGAGUAAAGCCCAGAAUUAAACUCAUGGAGAGAUCACAAAAACUUUCAGUCUACAACUUAAAUAUUGAUAUGCACAUCAGGGACCGUGAUAUAGUGGUAGCUCCAAUAGAAAAAAAUAGCAUCGACGCACCUUUGAAGAUCCAAUCCUUUUGCGAGAGGCAUAUUAAAUCCCCAUAUCAGGCUAUUUAUACCGAUGCAUCAAAACAGGACAAUCCUCGGACCGUUGGAGCUGGAAUAUACUCUGAAAAUAUAUCGGCAUCUCUCAGAUUACCAGAUCAUUGGGCUAUAUACACAGCAGAAAUGUUCGCAAUUGGAUAUGCCUUAGAGUGGUCCCUGAAGAACAACCCUAGAACAAGUAUCAUCAUUUUCACGGAUUCACGAAGCGCAAUUAUGAAACUUAAAAACUGGAAAAUAAAAACUGACAUACAUGCUAUAGAAAUUAGGGUUAAAACACUGCUAAUAAGAGCAGAGGAGAUGGGAAUUAAUGUUAAGUGUGUGUGGAUCCCCAGCCAUUCUGGCAUAGCUGGGAACGAGGAGGUAGAUAGGCUGGCUAACAAAGGGAGAGACAAAGAAGUAACAAAAUACGAGGGUAGCUACCAGGAUAUUUACAACAUGAUUAGACAAGAAGUCAAGAAGGAAUGGCAGACAGUAUGGAAGGAAAUGGGCAGAAGUAAGGGAAAAACCUACGUCAAUAUGGUGGGAGUUAAGGAUAACAUUACGGGAAACAAGUUAAUAGGAACAAAUAUUUCAAGAAAAACAUUAACAACAAUGAUUAGAUUGUGA